GAUCCCCCCCCUUCCCGUGAUAUGACGAUGCAGAGUGAAUAUGCUUACAUAAUCAAGCAUCAUAAUAAAUUCUUCUUGUCUGGCAUCUACAACACACGCUUUCUCAAGCUCCAUUCCAGCCCCAUACCCCAUCCAUACAAUCAGCAAAUAUGGCAAAUCCUCGCUGCGUCUUCAAUGCAGCUUCUGCUCUUCGUCGUGUAUUUCUCUCGGGACUCCCUACCGAAACAACCCCAUCCGCAUCCACAUCCCUACUACGCAGCACCCCAAUAUUUCCCUCCUCUUCCUCUUCCUCCUCUCUGCUACAAACCCGCAUUCAAACCCGCAGCAUCUUUAAAAGCACCUCUACAGCCGUCGCCGAACAGCGUCUUCCCCGCGAUAACGAAAUCACCGCUCCCUAUCUCCGACUCAAGAAUGCCGAAGGCAAACUCGACCCUCCUGCUCGCACGGCGCAGAUUCUCCGAUCUAUGGAUCUCAAAACGCACAUGUUGGAAGUAAUUGCAUUUUCGGACGAGGGACUCGCGCCCAUUGCGCGGAUCGUGAAUAAGAGGGAAUUGUUCCAGAAGAAGAAGGAGGCGAAGAAGUCGAAGAAUCCGGGGACGGUGACGAAAACGAUUGAGAUGAAUUGGGCGAUUGAGAAGAAUGAUUUGGGACAUCGAUUGGAGAAGAUGAGGGGGUUUUUGGAGAGGGGGAAUAAGGUGGAGGUUAUUUUGGCGGGGAAGAAGAAGGGGAGGAAGGCGUCGGUUGAGGAGGCGGAGGCGGUGAUUGUGAGGAUUAGAGAGUUUGUGGCGGGGGUGGAGGGCGCGAAGGAGAGGGUCAAGAUGGAGGGGAAGGUGUUGGGGAUGGCGGUGUUGAGUUUUGAGGGGAAGGUGGUGAAGAAGGGGGAGGGGGAAAGGGAGAGGGAGAGGGAAGAGGGUAGUAAGGAAGAAAAUGAGAAAUUGAAAGCAGCUAAUUAAGAGCUGAAAACCAAAUCUCAUACCUGGAUUAGCGACACGAAAAAAAACACCAUUAUAAAAAGAUCUCUACAUCUCGAUCUCCAAACCACUUCAAUCACUUGAGAGAAAUCAACAUCUUCCUUCAUUUGAAGUACCACCACAUUUUGUCCACGGCUACAAUACCACCUUCACAACGAUAUCUAUGCAUAGUGAAGAGGACUAUACAAAUCUUCGCUUGAACUUGUAAAGGGAUAGGUAGAUUGAUAGAUGGAUAUUUCAGAAUCUAGCUAUCUUGGGAUAUUAUAUCAUAUCACUCAGAAGAAGAAAGCUUUCUACAUGUACAAAGGAAUUAGAAGAUUGUAUUCAAUCAGAUUUAAUAGACAAUAGACAAUAGAAAAUAGAGAAUCCAAAUCCAAAUCUAAACACAAAUUCUCA